CGGUCCCACCCUGCCGCACGCCAGCGCUCCCGAGCCGCGCUUCCUGCGUCCCCAUCCCGUUCCCCGAGCUGGCAGUGCGCUCUCUCCGCCACCUCGUUCCCUCGGCUGAGAAUCCCCCAAACUCCAGCCCCGCGAUCGCGCCCCCGGAGGAGGCCGGCCGGGGCGCCGCGGGGGUCACGAAGCCCCCAGCCCCGGGCCGCCCGGCCGAGACGGAGCCGGACCCGCUGCCUCCUGGGCUCUUCCGCCGCAGCCAUCUACACAGGAGUCCUCAUGAUUGCUCAGAACCAUCCCUCCGGAGUUUGGCUGAUACUUUUCUAGCGUGGGGCGGGCAAUUUUGUGGGGUGCAUUUAAGGGGGCUUUGUUGCGGCUGCUCCUUUUUGUAUAUUUAUUUUCUUUCUUGGAACCGGGCCUCGCCCUCCUCCCACUGACACGAUGGCCCAGUCCAAGGCCAACGGCUCGCACUAUGCGCUGACCGCCAUCGGCCUGGGGAUGCUGGUCCUUGGGGUGAUCAUGGCCAUGUGGAACCUGGUACCUGGUUUCAGUGCGGCUGAGAAGCCAACAGCUCAGGGCAGCAACAAGACUGAGGUGGGUGGUAGCAUCCUCAAGAGCAAGACCUUCUCCGUGGCCUACGUGCUGGUCGGGGCAGGGGUGAUGCUGCUGCUGCUUUCCAUCUGCCUGAGUAUCAGGGACAAGAGGAAGCAGCGGCAGGGCGAGGACCUGGCCCACGUCCAGCAUCCGACAGGCACCGGGCAUCAUGCCCAGGAAGAAGACAGCCAGGAGGAAGAAGAGGAGGAGGAGGCUGCCUCAAGGUACUAUGUCCCCAGCUACGAGGAAGUGAUGAAUACAAACUACUCAGAAGCAAGGGGAGUAGAGCAGAACCCGAGGCUGAGCAUCUCUCUCCCAUCCUAUGAGUCAUUGACGGGGCUCGAUGAGAACACCCCCACAACCACCAGGGCUGAUGUGGAGGCCAGCCACGGGAACACCCCUGACAGGCAGAACUCUAAGUUAGCCAAACGGCUGAAACCGCUCAAAGUUCGUAGGAUUAAAUCCGAAAAGCUUCACCUCAAAGACUUUAGGAUCAACCUCCCAGACAAAAACGUCCCUCCUCCCUCGAUAGAGCCUUUGACUCCUCCACCGCAGUAUGAUGAAGUCCAGGAGAAGGCCCCCGACACCCGGCCACCCGACUGAACGGCCCCACUUGAGCCACACUCCCUCCCAUCUCUCACACCUUUUGCCCCCGAGACUCUAACAAAGCCACGUGAGCCACGGUUGAGAAACGGAGAGGCCAGCUGUGCACAGAGCCAUUUGGAUGGGGGGAGGGGAUUCUCUGUAUCCGGAGUGACUUUGUUGACCCACACUGCCUCCUGCUGCAGGUGCCUUGGAAAGAGACGCUGCCUUGGAGCUGGUGAAUCUGUGGACCACACUCACUACAGGCAUCUCCUAAUCCUCUUAACUCUGAAUCGCAGGUCACAUUCUCCUUUCCAGCUAGGAAAGGGUUCCUAGCAGCUGGUUUAGACUGUGGUUGUUUUGUUUCAAAAAAAAAAAAAAAAAAACAAGUUUUGUGUUUCCUGUCUUCGCUGGAGUCCUGAACUGCAGGUAGGAAAUAUGACCUGGCUUUGUAGGAAGGACACAGGCUGUUUUAUGAAUUAAGUGAUGAGGCUCAGGUGGCGGCCCUCGCAGAGCCCCUGGUGCUGUCUUUCAUUGAGGGCUUAAGGCCUGAUGAACUUAGGCACGUGAUACUUGAUAGUCAUAAUUGGUACACCUAACUAGUCUCUUCUGUGUAAUAGCGAAAAAAGGAAAACUGUAGGAAAUGUUCUGUUCUUUUUGAAAUGCCACACGAUGGAGCUUUUUAUAAUAAAAUAUUUUAUAUGUAGUA